AUGGAUGUUGAGCAGAUGUUUUCUUCCUCAGGUAUGCUGGAGGUGGACAGCAUCUAUAUAUUUGCAGAUGAUGAAAUCAUUGAGUAUGAUGGAGCUCUGGCGGCCGAUACUCUGCUGGAGUUUCUCUAUGAUGUGAUUGAGGAUCCGGUGGAGAUCAUCAGCAAUGACCGAGAGCUCAAAGGCUUUCACAACAUCGAGGAGGACAUGAAGCUGAUGGGCUUCUUCAAGAGCAACAAAUCCCCACACUUUAUUGAGUAUGAUGACGCAGCUGAGGAAUUUCAUCCCUUCAUCAAGUUUUUUGCCACCUUUGAGCCAAAGAUUGCUAAGAAAUUAAACCUGAAGAUGAAUGAGGUGGAUUUCUAUGAGCCCUUCAUGAACCAACCCGUCACCAUCCCCGGAAAACCCUACAUGGAGGACGAUAUCGUCAACUUCAUCGAGGACCACGACAGACCAACUCUGAGAAAACUGGAGCCACACAGCAUGUAUGAGAUCUGGGAAGACGAUAUUAACGGACAGCACAUUGUUGCCUUUGCUGAGGAGUCUGACCCUGACGGUUAUGAAUUCUUAGAGAUCCUGAAGGAAGUGGCUCAAGAGAACACAGAGAAUCCAGAAUUAAGCAUCAUCUGGAUUGAUCCCGACGACUUUCCACUGAUGGUGCCGUACUGGGAGAAGACCUUCGGCAUUGACCUCUCAUCUCCUCAGAUUGGCGUGGUGGAUGUCGAAAAUGCGGACAGUGUAUGGAUGGAGAUGGAUGAUGAUGAGCACAUGCCCACCGCAGACCAGCUCGACGCCUGGAUAGAAGACGUGAUGACUGGAAACAUCAACCCUAAUGAUGAAAAUCAGUAUCACGAUGAUGAGGAUGAUGAAGAUGAUGAGGAUGAAGAUGAUGAUGAUGAUAAUGAUGAUGAAGACGAUAAUGAUGAUGAUGAUGAUGAUGAAGACGAUAAUGAUGAUGAGGAAGAUGAAGAUUAGUCAAUUCUUCCUCUCUCUCAGGCAUCAUCUCUCCAUCAUUGGCUCAUGUUUGUGACUUUAGGAACUCGUCAUGUCCGUGCCAUCGCAGACUGAGCUUUUCUCCUGUGCCAUCUGGAGGACGUUGCAAUCAUUUAAUCUCAUCUCACUGUUCAAAAGCUCUUUCUAAUGAAUAAUAAAGAUCCUAUUUCAGGAUCACUGCAAUAAAUCAGAAAAAAAAAACUGUAUUGACAUUUGUUGAUCAGCUUUCCACCCACAGCCUGUUGUUUAUGGACUGUUUAUUGCAGGAUAAAGGACGCUCAGUGGAAACUCCUAAUCUUCCAUCAUCUGGAAUGUCUCAAAUAAAAAAAACAAAAAAACAA